CUCGUCCUCCAGAAGGUCGUUGAGGGUAUGAUGGUGAAAAGUGAGUUGGCGGAAAUCCGCUCCCAGCUGGACAAAAAUGAGAAGACGCUUGCCAUCUAUCGGGGCAGGUUUGCCGAAGUAACCAAACAGUUUCACGACCUGGACGCAGUGCACAAGCAGCUGCUGACAGAUCUGGAUGCCAAGAGUAUAAAAUUCACGGCACCGAUGAAAAUUACUCGAUCUGUUGGACUGCAAGUAGGCAUUCCUUUCAAGGCCAUGAAGGAGAUUUCUGUUACCAGGGUUGGAGAUGAGACACAUGCUGCGUUCAGCCUGUUGGCGCCUCCUAGUAGUACUAGCACUCCUUCCAAGGGGAGCACAUCUACUUUACGUUCGCCAUUGCAGGAGUUGCUCGGAGGCGGUUCAGGCGAGCGUUCGAACGCGCAACAGCAGUCAUUCCAGGAACCUGGCACUGCUUCUGCGCCGCCGGUACGGGGAGGAUGCUUGCAAAAGGUUAUCCCACAGCUUCCAGUGUCUGGACUGAACAACCAGUCCAACAAUAGUCGCGUACAGGCCUCUCCCACUGGAACUCAGAGGCCCAUGCAUGCCUCAAAGCACACAGGAAGCACUGCAUCAGCAGCAGCGAUGAGGAACAGGAGUCCUUAUACGACGCAAAAGCAGCAAUAUCCAACAACCCGCCCUGUUCCUGGACCCAAUCAGGGUGAGCAAGAGCCAACAAAAGUGCGCGCAAUGCCUCCCAAGGGAACGGGAAUCGUCUUUGUACCCGUUUCCGCAGCCAGCAGCAGUGACGGCAGUGCUCUCAAUUAUGGCCAGCAGCAACCAAACCUGGCUCCUGCCAAGCCGAUGGAAAAGGCUGUAAUUGAUCUCACAGACGAAGACGAUGCUGCGGCAGCUAUGGUGGCUGCAGCUUCCGCUGCGGAGGCCAACGCACGUUUACGGAAAACAUCCAACAUGCCCAGGAAGAGAAUUUCAAGGAGGGCAACGAUGUCUGAGGCAAGAACCGCAGGUGUUAAUGGAAAUACUGUGAGGUUGUCGCCUUUGCAAAUGGCGCUGGAACAUGCCAGACAAAUUGUCGCCAAUAAUAGUGGAGGUGAGUCUUGAAAUGAAUUAAUCCCUUGAUCGCUUUCUAACUCUGUUCGU